AGUCUAGUCAGUGGGCAACAAUCCUUAAAGGACUUAUCCUACCUUUCCUUCUAUACAAUUUUAUUCACUAACGAUCACACAAAUCUCCAUGUUAGUAACUGAACUGCAUUGGACAUAAUUGGAACAUUGAAGCUGCCUAGUAUCUGUGACACCUAACAAUGCGACAAUAAUUUGAAAUAAGAACAAAAUACAAGAGCAAAUUACGACAUCUCAGAACGGAUUAUGGUAGUGCUUGGGAAAUCACAUUAGCUAGGUGAUGUCUAUGUGUAAAAAAUAUUUAGUACGAUUGGGAAGAAUAUCAAACAAGUAACACUGACAUUGUGACUGAUGCGGAACGUUUGCUCUCCUCUUAGUUUCCGGGGGACUAGUUACGAUACCGCACACAUUCCGUCUGAACCAUGUCUCUCCGUGGACAAGAGGAGCUGCCGACUUUUUUCGGGCGAUUUAUACAUUGGAUUAAUGUCUUGGACCCGACAACCUUUUUGGCUUCAGAUGCAGAAAUUGAAAACUCCAAGAACCUGUUGGAACAUUCUGGACAUUCUACUAAAGAUUCUUUGGAAGGCGAAAAGGUGAAAGAAGCAUUGAAAGUAUGUGAGGCAUCUCUUCACCCAGAUACUGGCAAUAUAAUCCCUCCAAUAUUUAGACCUCCAGCUUUCAUGCCUUUGGCUACUCCACUGGUUGUUGCUGCGCUGCUUCCACACAAAGGAACAAAAUCAGCCUUCUUUUGGCAGAUUCUUUUUCAGUCCUACAAUGCUGGCUUUACCCUGCUGAAUGGGAGAAAUACCAAUAAUAUGGAACAUGUUACUUCCCAGCAGUCUCUGCUCCUUGUAGGAGCUGUCAGUUAUGCAGCUUGUGUUGGGGCUAGUCCAUACUUCCUGAUGAACAGAUACAAACUCACCAGUCCUGCAAUGCAAACCUUCUUCAGAAAGAUGCUACCAGUGCCUGUAAUCACUUUUCUGAGUGCUCUUAAUGUACUGUUUGUGAGAAUGCCAGAGAUUGAGCACGGAAUAGAGGUGCGGGACAAGGCUGGAAACAUUAUUGGAGUGUCUCACCAUGCAGGAGAAAAGGCUGUGAAGGAAACUGCCGUAUCCAGAAUGGCACUUGUUGGUGUCACCUCUCUAAUGCCAAUGUUGCUGCAUUUCGUUUUCCAGAGCUCGCAUUUCAUACUUAGGAAUCCGCUGGCUUUAACUCCCAUCACAAACCUGACUACAGCUCUGGUUUUCGGUGCAAUGAUCCCGGUCUCUUUUAGUAUUUUCCCACAGCAUGGAAAGAUUCAGAGAGAUGACAUAGAAGCUGAGCUACAAGACAAAACCACGGAAUCAGAACUUUUUUAUCAUCGGGGGCUCUAACUCCUGGUUCCAACUUAACUGGCUGACUCUAUUUAGGUUUAUUUUUAUUGUGUAUAAUCACUAAGAAGCAAAUGCGCAGCGGAGACAAGAAAACCAUAGAAAUGUACAACUGGAGACAAAAAAAUAUGGACUCUUGCGUUUUCAUGGUUUCUUUAAUGAAAAAGAAUAUACUUGAAUAAAUUAUGCAGAGAUCAUGGCCUAUUUCCUUGUAGCAGUUUUAUGAUGUAGUGUAAGUGCGAGCAUUCAGGAACAAACACUUUUCUUGAGGAUUUGAAAAAAAAACCUGAAAGUAUUUUUCACACAAAAAGCAACAUCAGAAGAUGUCGUUAUCUAAAGCUGGAGGGUAGCAUGUUCUGGAUUAGUUUAAAGGGACAUUGCACUCUAGAUUUUUCUUUGUAUAAAUGUUUUGUAGAUGAUCCAUUUAUGUAGCCUAUUUGGGAGUGUUUUUAUAACAAGGUAUAGUUUUGCUUAUUUUUUACGAACAUUGUGCUGAUUUUCAGACUCCUAACCAAGCCCCACAGUGACAGAUGUAUACACAUGUUUACCGACUCCUGUUUAUGUUAUCUGUCCUUUGAUAUGCAGGGAAGGGGUCUGCUCUUUUUGUUUACCCAGCCCCUUUCAGUGGGUGUCCCAGACUACCUCAUCAACAGAGCUAAUCUGGGAGCUUCUAAGUAAGUUUUUAAAAGGUUUUAUACUGGAUUUUUAGAUGAGUAUCUGUGCAUAUUCUUCUUUAUAGUAGUGUCUAUUACAUGCAGCUAUCUGUAAAUUGGUGUACACUGUCCCUUUUAGCACUUACACAAAGGGUGGUUGAUUCAUGGAAUAGACUUCUAAUUAAAGUGACAAGGAUAUAUAUAUAUAUAUAUAUAUAUAUAUAUAUAUAUAUAUAUAUAUAUAUAUAUAUAUAUAUAUAUAGUAAGAGUCCAUAAGAGCAAUUUAAAUAUAUUUAAAUCAUGAUUUUCAUUUUUAGAAUAACUUUUCAUAUUAUUCUUCCAGUUAUAUCAGACCAUUACGAAUUUGGUUAUAUAGUAUUAGAUAUGAUGCAUAGAUAGAUCAUUGAAAUGGAGGUUAGUUGGAGGUGAACUAUCUCCAGUUUAAUUAUUUAAUCAUUCAUAUUUGAUCAACUUUUCACCUGUACUUUAUUGUAAGGAAAUAAAAAUAAUGAUUACAUUAAUAA